AGACACCUAAAGUACUUAGGGAUAUAUUGUCAAUUAUAUUAGUGCCCAUUCAUCAUGGUCUGUUUUCUGACAUUGGCCAUAUGUUAAAUAUUUCAGCGUUCAUUUUAUAAAAUGAUUUUUGAUUCUAAUUAGAUAAACAGAUACACCUUGACCAUCACGUCAUGCCAUUACACGCGACAUGAAUGUAACCAUCGUGACCAUUUCCGUACAGUACACAUUUUAUCGUGACACGCUACGCCGUCGGUUUUGUCCAGUACUGCGCAUGCGCCAGUGGCAAGCGGAAGGCGGUUAUGUUCAAACUUGAGAAAGAAACAUUUAAACGCUAACGGUCGGAGGAGAAGCGCGAGCGAUUAUAGAGGAAGAAUUUAUCAACAUAUCUACUUCAUGUUAUUUGGAGCACAUAAGAUAGACACUAAUGUAAAACCAAGCAAUUUCGUGGUUAGGUGUUUAUUUUGGCGAUUCUGGUUCAGUAACAGAUUUCUGUCAUCGCUCUGUGGUGGUGGUUAGUUUUUGUGAGCAGUUCUGCAGGGUUCUCAAUGGAGCAGAAAGAGGCACAAAACCUCGGGCAUGACCGAGAAGGAUCGUCUAAAAGAAGAAUUUCAUCGAUACUAAAAGCUCCUCGGACAUCUAUGAAAGUGUUUGGAAAUGAUCAGGAUGAAAACCAGGAGGAAACUAGACCCAUCGAAAAACGGCGAAAUUCACGAAGAGUCAGUUUUGCCACUACAAAUAAUGUUCGCGUCUUCCCAAAAGACAUCAAAACUGAUCCUGUAUUGACCCCCAUCCAAAACGUGGCAGUUGGUACCCAUGAGGGACAGAAUGAGAGGAUGCUGUGUUCUGAUACCAGUAUGGGAUUAGACACAAUGCUAACCCAGCCCUUCCGCUUUGAGCUAAACAAGGAGAAUUUCUUCUCUGAACCAAACUUACCAGUCGACUCGGAAGACAGAACUGUGCUCAUUGGAGAGGACACUGGGUACAUGGACAUGACUUGCAGUCAUACAGUUGAAUUUAACAAAGAGGAUACAUUUGAUCCAAAACUUAUCUUCAAAAUGUCCAAUGUCAAUGAACCUCACAAGCUGAAUAGUCAAAAUGGUAUGACCUGUAAAACCGUUAGCAGCGUGGAAAAAGAGGCGGUGCGCUCACAAUUCAGUGACUUUCUUUCUUGUCUGUCAAAUACAAAAGCCCAAGAUGUUGCUACUUCAUUUCCAAAGAAAAAUAAGGAUCAUUUCACUUUGGAAAAUAUCAGCAAUGUGAUAAUAGACAAGGAGAACUUUCUACCAUCUGGUUUGACCACGCUUUCGCUUCCUGCGACGGACAACAUGGACAUCACCAGGGAAGAAAAAGAGGCUUUUCAGCAUUUUACUUAUUCUGUAGAUGAAAAUUAUAGAAGCACAAAUACAAUGUUCUGUUCAAAUUUUGAUGACAUGGAGCUCACUCAACAAACUAAUACCAUCAACCUCAAAGGCUUGGACAAUCCAAAUCAUAGCAUGUCCUCUGUGGAUCAGAAGAAAUUUGCCUGUGAUGACACCAGUGAAAUGAUUAUGACUGAGGUUUUGGAUGAAUAUGUUCAAGAUCAAAACAGGACUAACCACGUUCAGAGUAACAUGUCAUUUGCUGAUGUUCAAAUGGAUGUAUCACAAACUGCAGCCAGCAAACCUGGAGAAUGCAAAAGAAACAUGCCUCUGGCAACUCCUACUGUGAUUCACAAUGAACAGAGUGACUUUAUGGAUUUGACAUGCCAAGCACCAACUGGAGUUUUGUCUCAUGUUCUAGAUGGUUCCGUGUUCACAGAAAGCAGUAAUAUGGCCAUAGAGCCAAAACAUAUUUCAGAAACAAACGUAAUGUCAAAACCUCAGGCAUCUUCCAAGCUACUGCCAUCAGCUUCUCUAGAAGUCAAAAGGGCUGAUCCUUUUAAAAGUGAACUUUCACUCUCUCACAUGGUUGGUGAUCCCAAAAAGACGUGUUGUCUAGUAGGUGAUGAUCUGGAAAAGACACAUCAUACAGUAAGUGAUGAUAUGGAAAUGACACUGUGUCAGACAGUCCUUGAGACCAAAAGUUGUGAUGACUACAAACCAUCAGACAAAUCAAAGAAAAGGGUAUCGCUUGCCUCAACAUCUUUUAAAACUAAAGGCCUGUCCCCUGAACACACUGGGCACAUGGAACUGAGUAGAUAUUCAUUUUCUAAGAGAACAAAAACUGAGAAUUGUGUUGUUCCUACAGCACCGAAGUUUCUUCUUCAGGAUGUGUCUAACUGUAUGGAACUACAGCAGGACACUGCUUCUCACAUGACCGUUACAGAAGAUGAUAUGGAAAUGACCAGAGUGAAUACAGUUAAUUUUGGUACAGAAACCUCCUGGCUUACAAGUCCCUCAUACAAGACACAGAGUGCACCAUGUGUAAUAUCUUCUAGACCCACCAUAGACCAAAUGAAAAGGUCUGAAGCAAACCUUGGAACAGUACCUGCCUCACAAACUGUAGAUUGCAGCUCUUCUGUUUCAGUAAUGGAUUUGGAUGCUGGAAAUUGUAAGAUGGUAGGCUUGGCCAGAGAUCAGACAAUUGACACAACAGCUCACCAUAACUCUAAACCUUCUUGCUCUAACAGUGCAAAUGAACAAUUAAAAACUGAAGAAUUCUCUGAGGAAGACAGUAAUAUGGAAUUUACUACAGUUAAUACAGCUCCCCUGAAAGAGCAGUGCUGUGUUGCAUUUAAUCAGGAAGAAAUGGCAAGAGAAACUGUGGAGACUGUGCCAGCAACCACUGACCAGAAGAUAUGUAUAGAAACUGAGUCUGAUAUUGACACUUUGAAAAAGGAAGAUCUGAGCUCUGUUAAACCCAGACGAAGGAGUCUAGCUGAUCUAAAACUGAGACUUCAAAAUAUUUCACAGUAUAUUAGUGAGCAAGAUGGAUUGUUGCCUGGAAGUGUUACGGCUCCUGUACCUAGCUUCACAGCGGUGUCUCCAGUUGAAAAACAUUCUGAAUUGGACAAUUCUUUACAGCCUUUCAAGGAAACUCAGCUGCUUGGAAACAAAUUGAACACACCAUUCAGCCUAAAAAAUUCUCUAAUGGCAAGAUUGUCAGUUGGUGGUAUCAUGCCAAAAUUUCCCCCACGAGCAGGAUCAGCACAAUCCAACCAAACAGAUCCCAAAAGCCCUAAUAACCUUCAAGAUCUUCAGCUGCAGACAUGUUUCAAUGCUGAUGUACAAAACGGCAGCUAUGAAACGGAUCUCAUUGAUGACGUGCUCCCUGAAGAUGAUUUCUCAGAUGCUUUGGUCAGCUAUAUGAGCAAAAGCAAAGUGGAAGAAGCCACUAGAGAGGUGUAUUUGAAUAAGGAUGAAGUUGAAUAUAAUCACAUGGAGCAUGUCAUGAAUAUAAGCCAGUCUGGGAAAAUGCCACCUGAAGUAAAAGAUGAAAAUACGAAAGACUCCAGCGACAAAUUGUGGGACAAUAAUUGUGCAGCUCCGAAUGCCCCAGCUCAAGUGGUAAAGACAGAUGACACCAACUCCACCAUGAUGAAAUUUGAAGGAAACUCUGAAUUAACUCUGAGAAACUCGCAGCUUGAUUCCCAGAUUGGGGGCACAAUGGAUCACGAGUUUGAUUUCUAUGAGAAACUUGAAGAAGGAAGUAUUACAGUGAAUGAGUUCCUAACACACUUUGGUGCCAAAUUUGUAAUCCAUCGAUCAAGACCCAGUGCUCUUCCUGACAAUUUUAGAGCUGCCCAGACUUAUACAAUGGAGGACUUGCUUAGAGAAAAAUACAUACACCGUCCUAAGCAGAAAGUCUAUGAAACAGAUUGGCUGAACCUCUCAGAGAUGGCUGAAGGGUUUAAAACACAGAUGGCAGAUCAAGAUAAACCACUGGGAAGUAUUAAUGGAAAACUGCUGCAAGAUAUUUCUGCUUUCUCAAAAGAGCAGCUACAAAGAUUUGGGUCCAAGUUGAAGGAGCGACGGGUGUACUUCCGAAAACGAAACAAAGCACUUUCCCAUAAAAUGAAGGAAAACUUAUAUUCUCAGCUUUUAAAAACAACACAGGAAGCAAAACAAAGCCUGACCUCAAAAAUCAAGGAAACAAAUGAGAUGUUAUACGAUUUAGAUGGAUGUAUAAAUGACUUGGAGUCUGAGUUGAUUGGGAUGAACCACAUCGUCAUGGGAGACCAAAAUUCCCUCAUCAGACUCGAACCUGCUUUGAAAGCAAAGCAAGAACAACUUGACACUUUUAAUUCAGAAGUUACUGAGAAAGAAAAGCAACUCUGUAAACUUGAACUUCAAGCUCAGUCUUUGGAGGACUCAUGGGAGAAAGUUCAAGAUGAAACCAGGGAACUUGAAUGCCAGACAACAAAUCUGAACAGUCUCAAUGAGUGGCGAUUCAUUUCUGGGGAUAAAAAUGGGAUUGUUUUUUCCUUUCUUCACAACACUGUGCACCUAGAAGUGAAACACAAAAAGGCCUCUGGAAAAGAAUUUAAGAAUGAUGUAGAUCAGGAUGUGGACGUUUCAUUCAGAUUUUUGCUGAAUGUCUGCUCACAGCCGAGUGCAAUCAUGGUGCACAAACUGCUCAAAGAAAACCUCAACUAUCAGUCUAAAUGGAAGCAGAAGUACUUAACAACUCAAAGCAUACCAAUGUUGCUGCACGAUGUCAGUGUGGUGGUGAGCCGACUUCGACUCUUGGGUGAAGAAAUCCAUAGGCUGAAGAAGUGGGGAGGCCUGAGACUUGGAAUCUUGCACAUUACUUGUGUGGAUUCACUGGUUGAAGUCUUGUUCUCUAGUGUCAAGGCAUUUGUUAAGUUUGAGCUAAGCCUGGCUGUUACCCCAGAUUAUCCUUUCAGGCCACUGCAACUGCAGAAAUUUCAGAAUCACAUUGGCAACACAAGGCUCGAGCAAAUCAAAGACAUUGUAUCCUCUGUAAGACCAGCCAAGAACUAUCUGACUACAGUCAUGAAGAGGAUUCAUUCUAAUCUAUUGGGCUAAGAUCAGAAUUUUAAAAAUUUGCUUGUUUGAUCUGUUGAUGUUAUAAAUAUUUUCAUGUAAUGUCUUGUUUUUGAAUAGUUAGUAGAGUUUAAAAUAAAGGAUGUUUUUUGUCAGCUUGGUGUUCAACUCUGUUUUGUAAUUCACACUCAUGUUUCACCAGAUGAUAAUUCUUCACAAAGCAGCAAUAUAACAAGUAUUUUUCUGUGCAUCAUUUUUAAAAGGGACUGUUUGCAGGAUGAGUGACACUCAAGAGACACAAGCAAUUUACUGGCCUUGUUAUCCAAAUCCUUAAUCCUAGGACAGUUUCUCACAUAAAAUAUAUAGAGCUACAAAUAAUGUGUAAACAGAAAUAUUCAAUGGCUUUAUUUAUUCUGUUUUUUAUUGCUACAUCUCAGUCUCAUUCUCAGGCCUAUUCACUUCAACAUUUUAAACAUGACCAGCUAGAUUCACGGUAGUAUUUAGGGGUACAAACGCAAUGCUCAGAGACCCUAUUGUUAUUGUACUCUUUUUAUUAUUAUUGUUAUGGGUUCCAGCACUUCCUGAUUGGCCACAUGGUGAUGCUAGAGUGAUAAAAGCAAAACCAGACCAACAUGAUUGUUGUUUUGUUGCUUUUGUUAUUGUUGUUGGUAAAAUAACUUGUGAGCACUUGUAGACCACUCAUCAGAACUCCACCAAAUUUUGCUCCAUUCAACUCUUCAUUGUCUAAAGACUUUCGAUAGAGCAAACUGUUUGUAUAAAAUGUGUCAACAAAUAUGGUGGUGGGCACAGCAGCAAGAAUGUGAACUUGUAUCUCUGCAAUGCUUUAGCAUAUUUACACCAGCUUGGUGUGGCUUAUAACAGUCAGUGCCACCUACUGGUCAUGAUGUAUUAAAAAUGUAUAUUUUUGCUUGUAAUGUCUGUAUGUUUCAUCCUAAAUUCAUGAAACUGGUAUCUUCAGAUUCAGUGAGGCAUUCAGAGUCAAACAAUGCCCAGUUUUACUGUCUGUCAUUUUGGGCAUUGGCCAUUUUGAAUUGUUGCUGUAUUUUUUCUAGUAGUUGUAUUGUACAAAUACAUUGGAGUAUCAUUUCAAAAAAGUGUCUUUGUAUCAUUCCAUCUCCAAUUUAAGUU